AUGAAAGGCAAACUAAGCAAAAAAUAUGGGAACAUCUACAGUCUUCAGUUUUGCUGGAAUAAUGUUGUGGUGUUGAAUGGAUUCCAAGCCAUCAAAGAAGCUCUUGUGAAGAAAUCUGAGGACUUUGCAGACCGUCCCAUACUUCCACUUUAUAAAGUCUUUGGUUAUCGAGACAGUAGUGAAGGACUUGUGUUUGCAAGAUAUGACAAAACCUGGAAGGAGCAGAGAAGAUUUGCUCUUACAACAUUAAGAAACUUUGGGAUGGGAAAAAAAUCUGUGGAGGAACAGAUUGGGGAAGAGGCAAUGUAUUUGUGCAGAGGCUUUCAGAAUGAAAAAGGUAAGCCAUUUGACCCAAAGGCUCGAAUAGUCAAUGCAGUUGCUAAUGUGAUUUGUUCCAUUGUGUUUGGAGAUAGAGUCCACUAUACAGAUCCAGAUUUUGUGGAACUGGUAGAACUUUUUGAAGAAGACUUUAAAUUAGAAGCUGAAAAAAUAACUCAGAUCAUGAAUGUUUUUCCUUGGACAUCUUCCAUUCCUGGACCACACCAAAGGCUAUUUACUGUUACAAGGCUCAUUAAUAACAAGUUGCAGAAGAUUGUUGAUCAGCACAAGGAAACGAGGAAUCCAGCUGUAAAGAGAGACUUUAUUGAUGCCUUCUUGGAAGAAAUAGAGAAGGCAAACGACCAAGACAGCAGUUUUAAUGAGAGCAACCUGGUGUUUACAACUAUAGAUCUAUUUGCGGCAGGAAUGGAAACCACUACAAUGUCUUUAUACUGGGCUUUACUCUUCAUGGUUGUUUAUCCAGACAUUCAACGAAAAGUUCAUGAAGAGAUUGACAGUGUACUUGGUAAAGAGAAGAAACCUACAUCUGAAGAUCGAAUCAACAUGCCUUAUACAGAUGCUGUUAUCCAUGAAACUCUGCGUUAUGGCAAUAUUGCUCCAACUUCAUUGCCUCACAGGGCAUUCCGAGACACUGAGGUUCUGGGGUACUUUAUUCCUAAGGGAACAACUGUAUUUGUCAAUCUUUCAUCUGCAUUAUUUGAUGAAACCAUUUGGGAAAAGCCAUACGAGUUUAUUCCGGAACACUUCUUGUCAACAGAUGGACAGGUUAUCAAGCAUGAAGCCUUCAUUCCUUUUUCAAUGGGUCGUCGCAUUUGCCUGGGAGAACAAUUAGCCAAGACAGAACUUUUUAUUUUUUUCACAUCUCUUAUGCAAUGUUUUAAAAUCAAACUGCCUGAAGGAGAACCUGCACCUUCUCUGGAAGGAGUGGUUGCUUUAACAAGGAGUCCACACCCCUACAAAAUCUGUGCUGAACCAAGAUAAAUGUAGGCAAUACCAAGCCCAAAAACGUCACUAGAUUUUGAAGAAAUUAAAAUCUUUGUCUGUUGUUGUUUUGCAUAAACACUGUACAGUGAAUACUGAAAAUUGCCUCUUCUAGAAAUGCAUGACAGCAAGAUAUGUGAUAUCUUAGCAGCUAUUCAUAGUUGAGUAAGGAUUAUUGUGUAUUUUUGUAGGGAUAUACUUUAUAUAUCUUGAUGGAGUAUAAUAAUCACCAAAGUUAUUUACUCACUAUUGCAAGAACUGUCAGUUUCAUCUGCGCAGUUUAAUAGCUAGCCAGGGCACAUACACAUCUGUUUGCUGUCUCUUGGAUUUUUUUAACUACAUUUGGAAAGUUUCCUUAAAGUAUAUUGAUAAUCAUCUACUUCCUACUUACUGCCAUUUUAUUAAAAUGUAUCACCUCUC